AAGAAAACUUACAAGGGCGCGGCAACAGAGCGAGAGGCGCGCGCGCAGUCCCCUCUACUUCCCGCCGCUGGCCGUUUCCCUUCCCCCCAAUCCAAACCCUAGAGAGAGAGAGAGAGAGUGUGUAGUGUGUGUGUGUGAGAGAGAGGGGGAUUGGAGGCGAAGGCAGCGGGCUAGCGCUAGCGGAGGAGGAGAGAUCCGCUGAGGUGGAACGCCCGAUCGGCGGAGCCCCAUCCACCACCACUCCACAAGAUGCGGGGCGGGACGCUGCAGAUCAACUGGCACGACCAGCAGCCGGUGCUCAGCCUCGACUUCCACCCCGUCUCCCGCCGCCUCGCCACAGCCGGAGCGGACCACGACGUCAAGAUCUGGGAGGUAGCGUCGGACGGCAAGCUCCCCACCGCCACCUUCAAGACCGGCCUGGUCCCCAACACCACCGCCCACAGCUCCGCGGUCAACGUCCUCCGGUUCUCCCCUUCAGGGGAGUAUCUCGCCUCCGGUGCUGAUGGUGGCGGCAUCACCCUCUGGAAACUGCAUCCCGCUGACGACGGCGAGGCAUGGAAAAUUCACAAGACGUUACUAUUCCAUCACAAGGAUGUUCUUGACCUUCAGUGGUCGCAUGACAGCACAUUUCUUGUUUCUGCAUCAGUCGACAACACUUGCAUAAUUUGGGAAGCUAGUAAAGGCACAGUGCAACAAAAGCUAGAGGGACAUCUGCAUUAUGUUCAGGGUGUGGCAUGGGAUCCUUUGGGCCAGUAUAUUGCUUCACUGAGUUCUGACAGAACCUGUAAAAUAUAUGCAAAAAAGCCUCAGGGCAAAUCCAAGAACGCGGAGAGGUUGAACUUUGUUUGCCAGCAUACACUAGUGAAGGUAGAAUACCAGAAUCAUGAUGAAUCUAAGCCACCAACCAAAUCUCAUUUGUUUCAUGAUGAGACACUACCAUCUUUCUUCCGAAGGUUGGCAUGGUCACCUGAUGGAUCUUUUCUAGUAUUGCCAGCAGGCCUUUCUAAACACUCCUCCGAGGUGAUUAAUACAGCUUAUGUAAUGUCCAGGCGUGACCUCUCAAGGCCUUCGAUACAACUCCCUGGGGCAAGUAAAGCUAUAGUGGCAGUACGCUUCUGCCCUGUACUAUUCAAACCACGUGGUUCUAACUCAGAUGGUUUCUUCAAGCUUCCUUAUAGAGUUGUCUUUGCUGUGGCUACUUUGAACUCUCUGUAUGUCUAUGAUACAGAAAGUGUUCCUCCAAUUCUAGUCCAUGCUGGUCUACACUAUGCUGCCAUUACCGAUAUUGCAUGGUCUUCUGAUGCUAAGUACCUGGCAGUGUCAUCACGAGAUGGCUACUGUACUAUAAUAGAGUUUGAGAAUGAGGAACUGGGACAGCCUCACAUACUCCCCGGAUCAAAGGAAGUUGCUAAUGGGAAUCUGACACCUGAGACCAAGAAGCCUGUAUGUGCUGAUAGCAUGAAGGUUGAUAAUAGUGCCAACAAGCUUAAGAUGGAAGCCAGUCCUGUUGCUGUAGGAGUUAGAGCACCACUGCUGCCAACUGAGAACAUCAAGAGAACAGGAGAGCUUGCCGAAGGAAAUGUAACCUGUGAAAACAAGGAGCCGGUAACAAUAGACAGUAUGGAAGUAGAUGCCGAUGAUACCAAAGGCAAGGAGGCAACCAUACCCGUGGCAGCUGAAGUGACACCGCCACCAGCGGUACCGGCAGCGAAGAACAGCGCAUCUAGUAAGCCUGCUAAGAGGCGAAUUACUCCUAUCGCAAUCGACUAGGUAGUAGACGCAGCAGUUAGGGUUUUGAUGUGUUAUGUAGUGAUGGCAAGUACUGGAUACUAUGUUUAGGCUACCCUGUAAAGUCGUUUGUGCUGCGGUGCUCAUCUUCUGCUCUAGUCCUCCUGCUCUUGACACAAUUGGGGAGAAUGUGAACAGAAGGGCUGUGUGUAUGUAUGAGCACACUUUGUUAUGGCGCAACAUGCAAGCCACUAACCGACAUCUU